CGUCAUCUGUCAUUUUUAAAGUGCUCGUGAAACCAAGAUGGACGUGCGUUCUUCGUGCGAUAUUUCUAAUUUGAGUGUAAACCAAAAAUAGGUGUAACAUAUUUGUACUCUUCUUGUACUUUUCCCAUAAUUUAUUUGCAGAUUAAUUUUCUUUUAUAAGAAGAAUCCGCAGGACACGCUUAUUUUAUUGAUUUCAGGAUGGAUGAGAAGACGGAAGUGGCCACGGCCCCUGCGCCCCCCGCAGGGGCGGCCCCCACGUCGAGCGAAGCGCAAGCGGCCCAACAGGCCCAGCAGCAAGCCCAAUGGGCCAACUGCUACUCCAUGUACAACUACGACAUGGCCAGCUACUACCAAUUCUACGUAAAUUACCCCUAUCAGACCGCGCUCUACCAGCAGGUCCAUCAGCAGAUGUUCGAAAAUAGUAAAGCAGACACCGGCGCGAAAUUCGUGCCCCCUCUCCCUCCGGGACCGUCACUUCCAACCCCACACAUCUCAAAACCACCUCUACUGAACACCCCCAAAUUCAGCCCCAUUAGGUUCAACCUGCCCGGCAAGCGCUCCAACGGCGCCCUGCAGCAGAACAACUCGCUCACCAGCGGCGCCGCCAAGAAGAAGCGCAAACGCAACAGGAACAACCAACUCAACCAGAACCAGCCUCAGAACCUCCCUCUGCCCCCGCUGCCGCCGCCCGAGCAGCCGGCCCCACCUCCGCCGCCCGAAGCGGCCCCGCCGCUGCCCCCGCUCCCGGACACGUCCAAGCCCCCGCCGCCGCCGGCCGUCCCCGACAAGCCGGCGGCGAACAACCCGACCGACGAGUGGCCCCCGAGUCUCAAGGAUUACGUGAACCGGUGCUACGCCAAGUGUAAAACGAACAUUGAUAAGAACCAGGUGGAGAUUAUACUUAAGGGGAAGAUAACGCACGCCUACCAGAUGGGGCAGCUUCACACGAAGGACUGGGGGGCGGAGCCCCUACCGAACAUACACAGCGAGCGGCCGACGCUCGUCCCGAAGACGGUACCGGGACAGCUGGCCCAGUUCCAGAACGCCCCAAAGAAGGGCUUGUCGCCGGCGAUGGGCGCGCGGCUGGGGGCGAGAGCGUCGACGCUGAGGGGCACCAGCAGGUCCUCUUCUAGGUCUAGGUCCAGGUCGAGGAGUCCGAGGAAGACGUCUAGGUCGCGAUCGAGGAGUCCGCGCAGGCAUCGGUCGUCGAGUAGUAGUACCAGCGAGAGCAGCGACGAGAACUUCAAGCCGCUCCUAAAACCAAACAAGAACAAAAUCAAGAGUAAACUAGCCAAUAGAUUAGGUCCCACGAAUAAGAACAAAUUCGCCAACAAACCCGCGAAAAAGCAGAAAGUGAAAGAGAAAAAGGCGCACUUGUUGUCGACGUUCGGUUCGGAAGUCGAGGAGAACUCAGAGCUUCUGUUGCAAAGAGCGGCGCGUUUCAAUAACGUGACGAAACAGAAAGAGCCGAACGGGUUAAUGGCGAACAAGAUUAGCUUUAAUAAUGCAAAUGAUAAGUAUGAGGACAAUAUCGGUGACUUUGACUGGACUGGAUUUCACAUUGUGGGCACGUGUCAGGACUUGGAAAAGUCCUUCCUUCGACUGACUAAAGCCCCGGAAGCAUGUGAAGUACGUCCAGUUGAAGUUCUCAAAUUGUCAUUGCAGAACGUCAAGAACAAGUGGAAGCAGAAGCCGGAUUAUUAUUACGCCUGCGAUCAGCUGAAGUCCAUCAGGCAGGAUCUCACAGUUCAAGGAGUAAGGAACGAAUUCACGGUGGAGGUUUAUGAAACUCACGCUCGAAUUGCUUUAGAAAAAGGCGACCACGAAGAGUUCAACCAGUGUCAAACGCAACUUAAAAUGUUAUACUCGGAAAUCGGGGGUGGGAACAAAAACGAAUUUACCGCAUAUAGGAUAUUGUAUUAUAUUUUUACUAAAAAUACUCUAGAUAUAAUGACCAUCAUGAAGAGUCUCUCUAAAGAGGAGAAGUCCGACGACUGCAUAAAUUUCGCGUUAAAAUUACGGUCUGCGUGGUCUUUGGGCAAUUUUCACAGGUUCUUUCGGUUAUAUCUGCGUGCGCCGUUAAUGGCGGGUUUCUUGGUCGAUUGGUUUAUCGAGCGUGAAAGAAAGUUGUAUUUAAAGUGUGUCAUAAAAAGCUAUCGUCAAAACAUAUCAGUGAACUUUAUCCAGCAAGAGUUGGCAUUCCCAGCGUUGGAGGAAACUUUAAAAUUUCUUGAACCGUUCGCUUUGACCUUCACGGACGUUAGCAAGACUCAUAUCGAUUGUAAAACUAGCAUGGUGUCUCUUCCGAAUAUAUGAAAUCGUUCACGUUCGCUAAGGGUGUACUGAUCUUCGUCGUUCAGACCGCAGACGGUCCGGAGCACGAUUUUCCUCCUCACAGUUGUUUCCAUGAAUAAACCUAGUUAUAAGGUCGUUAAAGUCUUCAUGCCUCAAAUACAGCGUCUGCGGUCGUUUCCUUAUUUAUUAUCGUUCACGAAAAUGAAGGGAGCUCCAAUAGAAGUCCAAGUCUUCAAAAAGGUUGUGUUUUUUAUGGAGUUAUUUUCGGUGGUGUUUAUAAAUGGCGAUUUCCACUUAGUAAAUAAGAUUGUACAUAUGUAUCAUUUUUAAAUAAUAAAAGCUGCGAAUUUUA